GGCGCCGUGAGGGGCGGUAGCGGCGGCGGUGGCGGCGGUAGCGGCGGCAGCUGUGAGGGGGUUCCGGGAAGAUGGUGCUGAUUAAGGAAUUCCGUGUGGUUUUGCCAUGUUCUGUUCAGGAGUAUCAGGUUGGGCAGCUUUACUCUGUUGCAGAAGCUAGUAAGAAUGAAACUGGUGGUGGAGAAGGAAUUGAAGUCUUAAAAAAUGAACCUUAUGAGAAGGAUGGAGAAAAGGGACAGUAUACACACAAAAUCUAUCACCUAAAGAGCAAAGUUCCUGCGUUCGUCAGGAUGAUUGCUCCCGAGGGCUCCUUGGUGUUUCACGAGAAAGCCUGGAAUGCGUACCCCUACUGUAGAACAAUUGUAACGAAUGAAUAUAUGAAAGAUGAUUUCUUCAUUAAAAUUGAAACAUGGCACAAACCAGACUUGGGAACAUUAGAAAAUGUACACGGUUUAGAUCCGAACACAUGGAAAACUGUUGAAAUUGUCCACAUAGAUAUUGCAGAUCGAAGUCAAGUUGAACCAGCAGACUACAAAGCUGAUGAGGACCCAGCGUUAUUCCAGUCAGUCAAGACCAAGAGAGGCCCUUUGGGACCCAACUGGAAGAAGGAGCUGGCAAACAACCCUGACUGUCCUCAGAUGUGUGCCUAUAAGCUGGUGACCAUCAAAUUCAAGUGGUGGGGACUGCAAAGCAAAGUAGAAAACUUCAUUCAGAAGCAAGAAAAAAGGAUAUUUACAAACUUUCAUCGCCAGCUUUUUUGUUGGAUUGACAAGUGGAUUGAUCUGACAAUGGAAGACAUUAGGAGAAUGGAGGAUGAAACUCAGAAAGAACUAGAAACAUUACGUAAUCAAGGUCAAGUGAGGGGAACAAGUGCCGCCAGUGAUGAGUGAAGAAGAAUCUGACCAGUAUCUUGCAGUGUUGACGUUUCCCAGAUGUGUGCUUGUGAUGAUGUACUCACACGCACAGGUUCCCAACCACGUGUAUAUAUAUGUGUGUGUGUGUAUAUAUCUGUAGCUGUAUAUAAAACGCAUGUAGAGCUACAGAUCAAGAUACACACACUUGUGUAUAUAUGUACAUACAAACAUACUGAAAGGAUUAGUACAAUUUCUCCAAAGUACUGUACCUAUCUUCAAGAAUGCAAAAGAAAAUAUUUUCAAUAUAUAUACCUGGAACAGAUUUUAAUAAUUAUCAGAGUAAUACCAUUAAUGGACAAAUUGACUGCAAUGUAAUACUAGCUGGUAUGUUUCAUAAAUGUCAAAUUGUGGACCAAUAUAUAUAGCCUUUUAUUACUUUUCUGUUCUUUUAAAUCUUUCUGUUCUUUUAAAUCUUAUAAAUUUUUAUUUUAGUCCCAUAAGCAACAGACUCCCACAGAAAAAUUUAUUCAAAAUCUUUUGGUAUUCCAGUGAAUCUGGAAUGUAAACUCUGAAUGUAUUUAUAACGAUUUAUUUCUGGAUGGUUAUUAUCUUAAAUUCAAAUUGGACAAUGUCUAUUAGUAAGAAGUAUAGUUACCAGCCAAUUUUUACUUGUUUGCCCUGAGGGAAAAAUCGUUUAAAAAAAAAAAUUCUGGUUUUUAUUGGAUUUUUGUAUUUUAAAUUUCAAUAUUUUUCUACAUCAAACCUAGCAAAAAUGGAGAUGAUGGUUUGUGAUUUAUAAUAAACACUUAUACAAUUUUCAGGCUCCUGUUAGGCAAACAAAGAAAUUGAUGAAGAAAUGAAUAGCAUCGUAGGCUGUAGGAAAACUUUUGGAAGUAGAGCACUUCCAUGGAGUCUUGUUUCUGAAAUGACUGUUUUCUGAAAUUAGAGCUUGGCAACUAUGCAAAUGAUCUAGAUUCCUCACAGCUGACAUGCUAGAAUACAGAUAGUGGUGACGGUUUUGUUUUUGUUUUUGGUUUUGGUUUUUUUGUGCUUUUCAUAGUGAAAUACGCCCCGAGGGGGAGGCGCCGCCUUUGAGAUAGCGGAAUUUCAGAGGCAGCGCAGGCUGGUCUUCUUGCCUGGGAGGCCCCGCUGAGGGGCCAGUUCGCCGCCGCCCAUGGGGAGGUGCUCUCUAGUAGGACGCCAUUGGAACCUGUCACGUGUGAGCAUCAUGAACGUGCUGGUUGGCAGCCGCUGCCACCUUGUCCUCCUCCUUCUUCCUUCUUUAAGAAAGGAACCAUAGCUAGGUAAGAUUUUUAUCAGCUCUCUCUGUCCAAAUCCGGUUUUUCUCCCGUCAGUCCUGGAAGCUUGACUAGAAAGAUACUGUUGAAGCCUUCUGGUCACAAACUGUCUUUAACCUCUCGUCCUUCCUGCAACAUGCUGGCCCCUGUAGUCCUAUCACGUUUGUAAUCUGAUUUGCUGACAGUCCUGCCCGCCCUGCUCCUUAUUUUCCCAUACGCCCUGUGCCCCACUGAGGUGGUGGCAGUGAGUCAGACGAGGGUGUUGAGGAUCACUGCCGCACCGUGAUGCCCUCUUCGCCUUGGCUCCGAACCCCACGUCAAAUAUGUCCUCUGUGUACUCAGGAUCAAGACUGAUGUUUACUCUCUGGGCACUGUUAUAAGAUAGGUGUUGUCAAAGCAUAAUCAUUGUCUGCAAAGUGUUUGGUGCAAGGAAGAUUAUUGCUAAUUUUGUGAAAUAAAGAGUCUCGCCCUCUCCUUUUAAUGGACUAAACUCUCAUUGGCAUCUGUAGCUUCGUUGGGAGCUUGGGCGCACAUGGAAAUCCAUGCCCAGCGCACGGAUUCUAAUGUUUUCCUAACAACUGUGGAGAUUUGAGGGAAUGCGUGGUGAAUGUAAAAUACCUAGUUUACUUGGCAGUCUCUUGUGUAAAUUACAGUAAAACAAAGUAAAUGAAAUUGAAACAAAAAAUAAAUUUGAUCACAAA